AUGAAGGGUGUCGCUGCGGAUGAGGUGGCGAAGUUCGCCGCCCUGCAAAAGCACUGGUGGGAUCCGACGGGACCGCUGCGCUCUCUGCACCUCUUGAAUCCGAUCCGUGUGCGCUACGUGAAUAGCGUUGUGAGCUCUUUCGGCAAUGUGGGCGGCAGCUCGUGCGGUACGCCGAUUGACUUUCCCAGUGACUCUGGACUCACGCCACAACAUCAAGUUCUGGACGUCGGCUGCGGCGGCGGUAUUCUGGCGGAGAGCCUAGCCCGUAUUGGCGGCACCGUCACCGGCAUCGACGCCUGCGCCGAGUCCAUAGAGGUCGCGGAGAAGCGUCGUCAGCAGCUGGCGGCCAAUUUCAGUACCUCUUCGCAACCAUUCAACUGGCCCCAGCGACUCUCGUACCGACACAUAUCCCUGUUUGACGUUGUAGAGCAGGAGAAGCGGCGGUUUGACGUCGUCGUGGCGAGUGAGGUAAUCGAGCAUGUGAGCGAUGCACGGGCGUUUCUGCAGGCCCUCUGUGAGGCAACGAAGCCUGGUGGGCUUCUCUUCCUGUCCACCAUGGACAAAUCACUGAAGACGGCCAUCGCAUACAUCGGGGUGGCGGAGAUGCUCACGGGCCUCGUGGAGCCAGGCACACACGACUGGCGAAAAUUCAUUCCGCCAGAUGACGUGACCAAGUUUGCGCAGCGCUUUGAUGUGCGCAAGGUGGACCAGCAGUACAUCGUCACCUACCCGGAUGUGUUUCAGUCCAUCGUCUCGUGCAACUUCCAGGUAAACUUUUGCCUGUCCAAGAACGUGAACACGGGGCACUACUUAUGGGCGGGUCGUAAAGCCUUCCCGGCAGCGGGAAAGCAGGCAUCUGUGCCUUCUGGCGGAUGA